AUGAUCUCCACACGUUUUCUUGGAAGAAGCAUAGGCCAAAGGUCUUUUGUGACAUCGCCUCGCUCUUUCUUUUUGAAAAACAUCUUUGGUUCCAAGGAGUCUAAGACAAAAGAGCUCAUCGAGAAGCAGGACGAAUAUGCCGUGGAUCCAAACUCGAAGAUUCUCGUCUUGAACGAAGAAAACUCCCCCUCUCACAAGGCUUUUGACCCUGAGUCUGACAUUCCUGGUUUCAAGAUCUCUCAGUGGAAGGAGAAGCUCGUGCUUGCACGAGACAUUGAGGCAUCAGUGACAAAAGAAAUGGUUGCAGAUGCCAUCAACAAGGCAUACCAGGAAAGCCACGGCUCAGAGAUCAGCGCAGAAAGUUACGCUACCACGAGCCUCGGUGAUUUACAAAAAAGAUUUGAAUUUGUUAAGAUCGUGCAACAGAAACUUGGUUUCGAUAUCAAAGAUCACACUAUUUCUAGAUCGCACGAUGUGGAGUAUUUGUAUGAAGCCUUGCAGAAGCAAAUAGCCCACAGAUGGUCGAGUGAAAGAAACCCUAACGCUAUUGUGUUGAGACCGGAGGACUUCAAGGAUCAGCCAAAUGUUUACUUGAACAUUGAAUUCAGUGAGAAGGAACAGGCGGAGAUCUUUCAAGAUUUGAAGAAACAGGCAUUGGAGAACGAGUGA